CAUUCUUCCCCAGAGGAAUGUUCUGCCUCCCCCUUUGAAGAGGAUCAGAGAGUGAGAUAGGCGGGAACAGGGGACGGGACAGACCUUCUGAUUGGGAAAUUGCAGGCAUAAAGAUCCGGAGGCGCCAGGCGGACUCCUUAAAACCCUAAAGCAAAGCAAGCCAAAAAGUCGAGGUUGAGCCUUUUGCAAGGUUUUGGUGGAAAUGGAGCCAACUUUCACAGGAAAAGAAUACUACGAUAAGUAUUUUGUUCCAAAAGAUUAUUUGGAAUCAUAUUAUACCUUAAGGCCUGGGAAUGAUGCAAACAAUGCCUCUUUAAGAUUUUAUCUGAAAAAUCUCCACAGGGUAUUCACUUCAGAUGGCAUCAAGGGAGACACCCUGAUUGACAUCGGCAGUGGCCCAAGCAUCCACCAUUUCCUGUCCGCCUGUGAAUCCUUCCGAGAGAUCAUACCCACCGACUACGCUGACCAGAACCGGGAGGAGAUGCAGCGAUGGCUGAAGAAGGAACCGGGGGCUUUCGACUGGAGUCCGGUGGUGAAAUACGUCUGUGAGCUGGAGGGAGACAGGGAAAAGUGGCCAGAGAAGGAAGAGAAGGUGCGAAGAGCUGUCAGGCAGGUCCUGAAAUGCGAUGUGACCCAACCCAACCCUUUGGCUCCGCUCGUUCUUCCUCCUGCGGAUUGUUUGCUCUCCACUUUCUGUUUGGAAGCAACUUGCAAAGACAUCCCCACCUACCGAAUGGCCUUCAGGAACAUCAGUUCCCUGGUGAAACCAGGGGGGCAUCUUGUGAUGUAUACAAGCCUUCAAGGGCGCUAUUACAUGGUUGGCCAACGUGAGUUCUCAGCCCUCUACUUAGAGAAGGAGGUGGUGGAAGAGGCAGCAAGACAGGCUGGCUUUGCCAUUAAAUUGCUUGAAGAAAUCAGGAUUGACUUCCCCUUGUCCGUAACUGAUGGGAAGGGACGGUCCCUGCUUCUUGCCCAGAAAUGUAGCCUGUAAAAAUGACGCAGCUGUUGUCAUAACCAUUAGAGGCUUCUCCAACCAUUGUUAAGAUUGGGUGAUGCAAGUUAGGGAAGAAAGAGGGUGCAUGGCUUCUGGAAUCCUUCCCACCCCUUUCCUAGCAUGCGCAUAGGAGAAGUCUGUACAUUCUUCUGUGUAAUAAAGUAGCAUCUUGCAUCU